CUUUACCCUUAGCAACUAUACUAUAUGUAAUAGAAUUAUAUAUGUAUAUAUAUAGUAAAUAGUAACAUCACUUGCUUUACCCUUAGCAACUAUACUACACUAAUCAUAUACUCCCUUUUCUUCUUCUACUUCUUCAUUAAAUGGUUAUAUUCAAAUUAAUUCAAAAAGAAUAUAAUCAUGAUGCACAAAUUAUAUUUAUAUGGAAAUUACAAAAACUUACUCAUAUAUUAGAAUAUGAGGAUAUUUUAAAGAAAUUACAUGAAUUAAAUAAUUUCAAAUAUAAAGAUUAUAUCAUUCAAUGGAAUUAUAAUCAUAAUCUAUGUCAAAUUACAAAUACAGAAGAUUUAAAAAAUGCACUCAAACAAUUAUAUCGUAAAUAUAUCAAAGAUCGAUGUAUCCGAUUUCAUAUUACACCAUUAUCAUAUUAUCAUGAAUAUGGACCACCGCCACCGUAUGAAAUUACUUCUUCUUCUUCAUUAUUAUAGUUUGUGAAUAAUUUCUAUAUAUAAAUAAAAAAAAGAAAAUUAAAUCAUACAUACAUUCA